AUGAUGCGGCGUCGCGAGAGCAACUUGACGCUGGACGAGGAGGAAGACGUGGCUGUAGAGAUCGAGCGUAUUGAGCAUCCCUGGAUGGCGCUCGCGCUGUUCGAUCAGCUAUGGAUAAACGCCACGCAGCAAGUGAGUUCCAGCUGCACCUUCACCAACUUCCAACAGCAAUUCCUGAGAGCGCUGGGGAACGAUCUCGUCGUGUUCCCUCAGAAAUCAGAGCACGACAACUUUGUGGUGCUCGCGUAUGCCAGUGUGGCCGACCAUUAUGGACUCAAGACGGUGUUGCUAGUGAGGAUGGAGCAGCUGCACGACUCGGAGCAGAUCGCCAUCACGGUUAAGAACACAGACCCCGUCCACCGCACCAGAAUGACGACGUUUCUGAGUGUUCUACAGCAACGGAUUCAGCCCGGAAAGGCCCCAAAGAGACCUCACCCGAGAAGUGGAGACACGAGCAAGUUGUUCCUUGAAGAGAGCGAUCAUGAAGGCACCACUGACUCCGAUUCGUCCUCCAUGGCCCCUUCACCGCCUGUUCGGACGCCUCCAGCUUCGUCCUCGGCUUCUGUCGAGACUCCUCCGAGACCUACAGCUUCUGUACCAGUAACAGUGUCAAGACCAAUCGAACGCGGACGCUCUCAUACGAUUCGCUAUCGUACAGAUCGAGAUAUUUCCUUUGAAGGCUAUCUGAGCAAGAAAAGCGACGUGCUGAUGAGCUGGAAGGCGACGUAUUGCGUGCUGGAGGAAGACACACUGGCGUUCUAUGAGACGCGCGAAGAUUUUAUCUCCAACUCGAAGCUUAUCGGUCGCAUUCAACUCCAGUCGAUUGAGGACGAAGACAUGGGAAAGCCAAAUGGGUUUCGCGUCAUCGCAGAGGGGAAUCACGUGAAUCACUUGAGCUCAAGGACUACGUUCGAGAAGGAACAGUGGAAGCGCGCGAUCAGUAUUGCUAUUUCUAAAGCUCCAGAAGUGACUCGUCCGUACGUCGCGUUCGCGUCUCAGCCAUUGGAGGCUCACAAAUUUUAUCGACUGCUUGGUGCUUUGCUACGGCAAGAAAUAGGGGACUUUCCAUUGCUGUUCCGCAGUAUGCAUCCAGACAUCGUCGUGACGUCCAAUUUCCCGCCGAUCGUGCCGUUCUGGGGCCAAUAUCGUCGCUAUGACGGCGUCUUGUUGUUCAUUUCUACGUUACUGGAUACCGUCACAGUGGAUAAUUUCUCGCUCACUGAGGUGAUCGAGCUGGUACGCGGUGAUGCUGACUGUGUGGACGAAACUGGCACUCACCACGACGCGCUCUCGCCGUCUCCACUGACAGCAGACGCAUAUGUUCUGUCUCCUAAAUCGACCGAAGCUAAAGGAACUCCAGGAAGCGCAUCGACCCCGUCAGCGCAGUGGAAGAAGCGUUUGGUCGUCACGGGGAAAGAAACGUACAACUUGCUUAGCACCGACAACCGCCGAGUGACGCAGCUGUUCGUCCACGAAUUGUGGCUGGAUCACAAGGACCGACUGGUUCGCUGGCAUUUAAACGGAGACGCAGUCGCUCUCUCAGUCGCAUUCGACGAUGCUCCACGUGGAGAGAAUAUCCGACUUGUGUUACCUGGUGAAGCGUCUGCUAUCUCGCACUCGAUCCCCCCAGGAACGUUCUACGUGCAGAUUUUACGAGCUCAGCAACUGCAUUUGUGUGAGCCUGGCACCGAGCAUGCAGCUAAGGGGAAUAAUACUCAACACUCGACAGCGUCUGGGUCUGCUAAGAAAGGGUUUCCAGUGUACGCGCGUUGUAUUCUCGAGGAAGGAACCCACAUGGAGCAGACUUUACGCGGAUUGGACCUGAAAGAAGGUGAAAACACGUCUGACGAGCUGUCGACUGCGACCCAAAAAGGCUCCCACAAAGAGCAUCGUCGGCCUUCGAAAGGAACGCGGUUCUUCCGAGGACUUCGACGUGCUGCGGGGAUUUCCGGAGAGCGCGCUGUUGCAACAUUUGGAGAUCCAAGCGGAUGCGUCACGAAUAUCUGCAAGUGUAUGCCCGUGGUGGCUCCAGACGAUCAUCAUAAAGUCGGUACACUGAAUCCAGACUGGUCCAGUAACCUUCGACUCGAAUUUCCCGGAUGCGCGCGAGGUUUCACGUACUAUCUGAAGGUCGAAGUGUUCCAGAGUCGCUUUAUGCUUCCAGACGAUCUAUUGGGAGUGUGCAAGAUCAACGUCACGCCUCAUUUGUCGCUUGUGAAUGGCUCUGCUGACGCCAAGGCGAACGGCGCUCUGCCUCGUUGGCACAAUCUGUGUGACCAGUACAACGAUUGCAAGGAGUCGUGGGCCCCUCCGACGGUGUUUCGAGGUCGUAUUCAAGUUGGCAUCAUCUUCGCGCCUACUGUUACUUCAGCAGAGAAUUUCCCUCAGUCGCAAGGACUACGACGUAUGGCUAGCGACGGGAGGUUAGUGGAAUCAAGACGAGCAUCUGCGGACGAAACGCUACUUCAGAGCUCAUCCUGCUACAAUCUCCGUGAAUUCCUGCGAUCCGAUAAAAAGGCUUCGGUUGGAGAGUUCAAUUUCCCGUCGGACAAAGGAGGACGCUUCGUGUCGCGUCAGGUUCGAAGCAGAACGGAUUCGUCCAAUCGACGAGCGAUGAGCACACCAAAUAUACCACCGAGCAGUGAAGAAAGUCGGGAACUUGCACGAUUAUCUCGUGAUAACCACUCGUUCUCGGGGAAAACAACCAAGUUUGACGUGUCGAAGAAGUACCAGUUGAUCAAGGUGGUGGGCGCUGGAACGUAUGGCGAAGUGGUGGCUGCAAGUGACGUCGAGUCGGGCACGACUGUAGCGAUCAAGAAGGUCACCAACGCGUUCCAAGACUUGCCCGAUACGAAGCGGAUUCUGCGCGAAUUGUGUCUCCUCCGCCAGCUGAGUCACCCGAAUUUGAUCCAGCUCUACGAUGUCCCUCGGCCUGAGCGUCUCUCGUACUUGGAAGAUAUCUACUUGGUCACAGAUCUUAUGGAGACGGAUCUGCAUCGAGUCAUUCACUCCACCCAGACACUGACGGACGAACAUGUGGCGCACUUUAUGCGUCAAAUCCUACGAGCACUGGCCUAUUUGCACUCGGCGGAUGUUCUUCAUCGCGAUUUGAAACCUUCCAACAUUCUGGUUACGAGCACGUGUGAAGUUAAGAUCUGUGACCUCGGGCUAGCACGCUAUGUGGAUUAUUCCAAGGCGAAAAGGAUGAAAGAAGCGUCGGACGAUAAGUUUGUGGAGCUUACGGAGUACGUGGUGACGCGGUGGUAUCGAGCGCCCGAGAUUCUUCUGGAUGGGUGCAGAUACGAUAAACCCUCCGAUAUGUGGUCUGCUGGGUGCAUUCUGGGCGAACUUCUGGGUCGCAAGCCGCUGUUUCCCGGGUCUAGCACCACCAACCAGCUCAACAAGAUCUUCAACGUGCUGGGUACUCCCGACAUCGCUUACAUCUCCAAGAUCCACAAAGAGGCAGCACAGAAGUGGGUCCAUCGCCAGCGACGACGCUCGAAGAUUCCGUUCGAAGAGCUCUAUCCAAACGCGAAUCAACAGGCUCUCGAUCUGCUGGAGAAGCUUCUUGUGUACGACCCCACGCAGCGUCUAACUGCGGCUCAAGCUCUCCAGCAUCCUUACUUACGUGAGGCGUUUAGGUCUGUUAUGGGCGACAACACUGUAAAUGACGAGAUGUUCCUUUACGACGAAGCGGAGCAGAAAGAAGACCAGUUUGUGGGCAAGAUUGACGACUCGAAUGAGUACGUGGCUGAGACGAAGGAAGCGAUGCAGACGGCAGUCUUUGAGCAGGUAUGCCACUUUCACCCGGAAGCACGAGAGUACGAGGAUUGGCUGAAAAGGCACGACGAGAAGUUCUGUGUGGACCCACAAACAGGCAAGUUAGUGCCUCUCAAGCAUGGAUAA